CUUGACUGAUAUAUUACUUGAAAUUUGAAACAAGCAGGAGACAGAAAUUAAGAUUCUUUAUCGGCACAUCGAAGGUCACAAGCCUCAACAUUGUUUCUCUUUAUACACUCUCUUUUAUAAGACACUCUUUCUAUACAUAAACACUUUAUAAGAUUUGAUACCCUUCUGGAUCACUGUUGUUAUACUAUCUUCUGGAUUAAACCUAGUACAGUCUCAGGACAAGACAAUGUGCAAAUCCGAUCUCCACGACUUCCUGCACGGUCUCCCCAAAUGCGAGCACCACGUCCAUUUAGAAGGCUGUCUAGCCCCGGACUUAAUCUUCGAACUAGCUAAGAGAAACAACGUCUCACUCCCUGACGAACCAGCCUACGAGUCCAUAGAAACUCUCAGCCACCGCUACGGCCAUUUCACAUCUCUCGACGACUUCCUCCGCUUUUACUUCAUCGGCAUGUCAGUGCUGCACCAUGAAUCCGACUUCGCAGACCUCGCCUGGGCCUACUUCCAAAAAGCCCACGCCGACGGCGUCCACCACGCAGAAGUCUUCUUCGACCCGCAAGUCCACCGAGACCGGGGAAUCCCCUACGAGACCAUCGUCUCAGGCUUCGUGGCCGGCUGCCAGCGUGCCGAGAGGGAAUUAGGUCUAACGACCCGUCUCAUCCUAUGCUUCGUGCGCCAUCUCCCCGUCGACAACGCCGCACGAGUGUACCAGGAAGCCCUGGAUCAGCAACACUUCGACAACGAGGUCGUCCAUGGACUAGGCUGGUCGUCGACGGAAGUCGGCCCCCCCAAGGACAUGUUCCGGGAGCUGUACUCGUCGGCCUCGGCGAAGGGCAUCAGGCUGACGGCCCAUGCCGGCGAGGAGGGCGAUCCGUCGUAUAUCAGUGCUGCGCUGGAGCUGGGUGCCCAGCGUAUCGACCAUGGUAUUCGGCUUGUGGAGGAUCCUGUGCUUAUGGAGAAGGUGGUGAGGGAUCAGGUUAUGUUGACUGUUUGUCCGAUUUCGAAUCUGCAGUUGCGUUGUGUCGAGUCUAUAGCGCAUGUUCCUAUUCGCGAGUUCUUGGAUGCGGGUGUUAUGUUCUCUAUUAAUAGUGAUGAUCCGGCAUACUUUGGGGGUUAUAUUCUGGAUAAUUAUUGUGCUGUGCAGGAGGCGUUUCAGCUGACGGUGGACGAGUGGAGGGUUAUUGCUGAGAAUAGUAUUAGGGGGAGCUGGAUUGGGGAGGAGAGGAAGACUGAGCUCUUGAAGCGUAUUGAUGAUCAUGUGCAGAGACAUAUUGCUGCUGUUUGAGCGGGUAGCUUUUCCUCACCGAUGUACGAUAAUUAACUCGAGCAAUGAAC